UUGUUGAAGUAUAUUUUUCUAAAAUCUGGGAUAGCCAUAUUUCACACUCCACAACGCUCUGGGCGCAAUUAUUCCAACUCUGGACAGUCUGGCUCCUCUGGUGGGGGUUCAUCUUCGUCCAGCAAUAGUCCAUUUUACUUUAGUGGACAAGGCCAUCCUUCUUUCACUCCUGUCCGUGUUGGCUCCAAAGCUAUAAAUGAUGCCAAAAUACCGAAACCACCCAAACCUCCAGAUAAGCCACUUAUGCCUUACAUGAGAUACAGCCGAAAGGUAUGGGACUCGGUAAAGGGAGCCAACCCAGACCUAAAAUUAUGGGAAAUUGGUAAAAUCAUUGGACAGAUGUGGCGGGAAUUGUCCGAAAAAGAGAAACAGGAGUAUAUGGAUGAAUACGAAGCAGAGAAGAUCCAGUAUAAUGAAGCUAUGAAAGCCUAUCACAAUUCUCCUGGUUAUCAAGCCUGGAUUGCUGCUAAGGGAAGACUCAAGAAUAUUGCAGAGGCAGAAGAUGAAGAUAGAGAAAAAAGCCGGCCGCAGAAUUCCAUGCCAGACAAGGGCAGCAUGAAUUCUAGUAAAAAUGGCUAUGAUGGUAUUAUGGAGAAAGAAAUGCCAGGCAGAGGACCUCGAAGAGUAAGACAAUCAAAGUCAGAUUCACCUCGGAUAAGCAUCCAACCUGCUGAAGAUGAUGAUGAUUAUGACGACGGUCUUUCUGUCAAGCACAUUGCCCAUGCACGCUACUUUAGGAAUCAUCGUUUGAUUAAUGAAAUCUUCAGUGAAACCAUGGUACCUGAUGUCCGUACAGUCAUCAUGUCAAGUCGAAUGAGUGUUCUUCGCAGACAAGUGCAUUCACUGACCAUGCAUCAGAAAAAAUUAGAGUCUGAGUUAAAAUUGAUUGAAGAUAGACAUGAAGCUAAGAAACGGAAAUUUGUGGAGACAAGUGAAGCUUUUCAUGAGGAAUUAAAAAAGCUGUGUGAGAGCAAACCGCAGAUUACGGAUGAGGUCUUUGCUAAUAUGCUGUCAAAAGUGAAAGAAGAACUGAGACAACGCCACACCCAGUUCCUCCAGCAGCAGCAGCAGCAGCAACAGGCAAAGGCGGCUGCAGCUGCUGCCGCAGCCGCAGCUCAACAGCAACAGUCUGCCUCACCCCAACAACCUACACCUACUCCUACUCCCCCUGUUGGCUCCAGCAUGUCACCAGCCACCCCAGCAAGUUCUUCUGCACCUACUCCGGGGCCACCAGACUCGGACAUGCAGGAAAGCGAGUCUUCCAACAAAUCAAAAGAUGAUGAGAAGAAUGACAAUGUUGAGAAGAUGGAAGUUGAUGACCAAAAUAGCAAUCUGGAUUCCACCUCCACUGGCAAAGGCGAAACUACUUCUUCGGACAACAAAGAAAUGGAAGCAGAAUCGGAGGCCACACCACCAGCUUCAAAUGAUGGUGGCAACGAACAGACUCCGGAGGCUAAAAUUCCUGCUACGAGUCAAGACAACACACAAACCAGGCCUGCAAAUAUUGACGAUUGCUCUUCUUCCUCCUCUCCCUCCUCCACUGCUGCAGAUUCUUCUUACUCUCUCCCUGAACCUGAUAAGUCUGAAAAUACUUCAGAGGUGACAAAGGUUAAUGAGGAGAAACCAAACCAGGAACCUUCUCAGGAAGCAAUGGUUGAAAAUGGAGGAACUCUAGAAACUCUGACUGAUUCCACUGCAGGUGCUGAAACCAAUUUGGAUGCUGGCUGCAGUCCUACAGUAGCAACAGCACCACUCCUUCAGCAACCUCCACCACCAACUGAUGCCAAUGGGAACAGCACCACCCCAAAUAGCAAUGAAAACACAAAGUGCAAUGGUAACAACCAGACAGACUCCCCAGAAAAGAAAGCUGGUGAUGAACAGCAGCCUGUUCCCCCUCCACCACCACCCACUGUUCCUCCACCUCCACCUCCGCCACCUGCCGACAGCCAGGAAGGCAAACCUUCAGAUGCUGAAUCAUCUGCAGAUUUCUUUAAUCAGUCACUCUCUGUCAUUUCUUUUUUUCUCUCCUUUUUUCUCUCUCUCUUCUUUUUUUUCUCUCUCUCUUCUUUUUUUCUCUCUCUUCUUUUUUUCUCUCUCUUCUUUUUUUCUCUCUUCUUUUUUUCUCUCUCUCUUCUUUUUUUCUCUCUCUCUUUUUUCUCUCUCUCUUCUUUUUUCUCUCUCUUUUUUCUCUCUCUUCUUUUUUUCUCUCUCUUCUUUUCUCUCUCUUUUUUUCUCUCUCUCCUUUCUCUCUCUCUCUCUCUCUCUCCCUCUCUCUCUCUCUUCCCUCUCUCUCUCUUCCCUCUCUCUCUCUCUUCCCUCUCUCUCUCUCUUCCCUCUCUCUCUCUCUUCCCUCUCUCUCUCUCUCUCUCUCUCUUCCCUCUCUCUCUCUCCUCUCUCUCUCUCUUCCCUCUCUCUCUCUCUUCCCUCAAUCUCUCACAAAAGAAGAUUUUUCUGAAUCCUGACUCUUCUUUUUUCCAGUUUGAAAUACUUAGCCUUGAUC